AUGUGUGAAUGCCUGAAAGGGAUUUUCCGUUUUAACUGGACACCAUCUUCCAACACAGGAACAGUUAGAGAGGGACACAUUGAUUACGACUCAGACAGAGAAUGCGAGGACAGCCACUCUAAUUCACCUGUAAACGACAAAAGAUCACUUCCAACAGACAGGCCUCCCUCUGUGCCUCAAAUCAGCCAGCGCCUCUGCAUCUCCACAGAAGGUCAGGAUAGCCCGGAAAGAGUUGUUCAGAAGGAAAAACUUCAUGCAGAGCUAAAACAAGUCCUAAGUAAAAAAACAAGACAUCUGAAACAGAGUCACCCAAAUCCUGCAAGCAUGGAACCUUCAGAGGAGAAGAGUGAGCAUGUGGAGCAGGAGGAGGUAGUGGAGGUGGUUGUGGAGACAGAAGCUGAGAUAGGAGCCAGUGGCUACAGUGUGGUCGGUGGAGGGACGAAGGGGAUCUUUAUUAAAGACGUUUUGAAAGACUCUCCUGCAGCAAAACAUCUCAGCCUCCAGAAAGGAGACCAGUUGCUGAGUGCCAGAGUGUAUUUUGAUAAUGUGAAAUAUGAAGAUGCUCUGAAGAUCCUCCAGUGUGCAGAACCUUAUAAAGUCUCAUUCUUCUUGAAGAGGACUGUGUCACAAACUGAAACCAGUGGUGAUCUAGGUGCACCAAAUAUUGAGCAAAGAGGACCUAGGGCUAAUAUGCAAAAAAUGAGUGUGAGGAGUGUCAAGCAAUUCAAAGCCAAAAAGAAAAGAGGAGGAAGAUUUGGAUUAAAAAGGCUUAAAGAGAAAAAGAGAACAAGAGCUGAAGCAGAAAUGGAUAUUAAGGAAUCAUCAGGUACACUGGACAUUACUCCUGUUGAUGUUGAGUUUGCACUCCCAAAGUUCAAAACAAAGAAACAUCGUAAGGUCACUGCAGAGGAAUCUGGACAUUUAGAAAGAAUGAAGACCCAUGGUCAAAAAAUAAUAAAGAUUCAAGUUCCAAAGACGAAAAUAAGAUCUGCAAAAGAAGGUAUUGGAAAUUUAUCAACAAAAGGAGAAAUAGAGGUAAAAGAGAAUAAUGAAUUUGUGAAAGGUAAGAAAAUCCGCAUCCCAACCAAUAAAUCAGUACCACAUGUAAAGCUAGACAGAAAAGAUGAAUAUGCAGAUGAAGGCAAUGGAUCAAUGGCAAAAGGAGCAAAUGUAAUAUUUAGUAAUGUUGAAGGCUUAGCCAAAAGUGAAAAAGUUAGCAUUCAAUCCAUAUCAUUACCAAAGUUUCAUAUGCCAGAUCCUGACAUUUCACUGCCGAAAGGAAAAGUUCAAGGGGGUGUCACUCUUGAAGAUGAGGCUGAUAAAGGAGGAAGAUUACAGAAGCCUAAGGUUGAUUUUGCACUACCAAGAAUUAAGUUAACAGAGGGAAAUAUUAAUGUGGAAGGUCCUGAUAUAAAAGUGAGAAAAGUUGACAUGCCUUCCAUUGAUGUAUCAUUGCCAAAAGAGAAGGCCAAAGGAGAAAUUGACAUUGAGAGGCUAACUGGUAAAGAAAGCAAUAUUGAUGUACCAAAGCUGAAUACCUCCAUACCAAAAGUAACAUCACCCAUGAUAAAUAUCAGUGGUGAGGGUCCAGAGAUAAAGGGCAAAAAGGUUCAGAUGGUAGAUAUUGACAACUCAAUACCAAAAGCAAAUGUUUUAGGUGACAUCAGUCUUGAAGUUGAGGCAGAUAAAGGAGGAAAGUUUAAAAUUCCUGAGGUUGAUCUUUCACUACCAAAAAUGAAGAUACCAGAGGGUAAGAUUAACGUGGAAGGUCCUGAUAUCAAUGUAGGAAAGGUUGACGUGCCAUCCAUUAACAUUUCACUACCGAAAGGGAAAAUUGACAUGCCAUCUAUUGACAUUUCGUUACCAAAAGUGAAGGCUAAAGGCGAUAUUGACAUUGAUGCACAUUCUGAAAAAGGAGGAAAGUUUGAAGUGCCAAAGCUUGACAUUUCCUUACCAAAAGUAAAACCACCCGAGCUUGAUGUCAGUGUUUCUGGUCCAGAGAUCAAGGGUGGCAAGUUUAGUAUGCCAGAUAUUGACAUCUGUUUGCCAAAGGGAAAAGUCAAAGGGGAUAUGAAGCUUGAAACUGAGGCUGGGAAAGGCAGAAGUUUUCAAAUGCCAAAGGUUGAUCUUUCACUACCAAACAUGAAGUUUCCAGAGGGAAAAAUUAACGUGGAAGGACCCGAUAUAAAAGUAGGGAAAGUUGAGAUGCCUUCAAUUGAUGUAUCACUGCCGAAAGAAAAGGCCAAAGGAAAAAUUGACAUUGUUGGACCAUCUGGUAAAGGGUCAAAUAUUGAUGUGCCAAAGAUGGACAUUUCCUUACCAAAGGUUUCUAGUCCAGAAAUCAAGGGAGGCAAGUUUGAUAUGCCAGUUAUUGACAUCUCUCUGCCAAAAGGAAAUGUCAAAGAACGUGUUGAGCUUGAAGGUGAGGCUGCUACAGGGGGAAAGUUUCAAAUGCCAAAGGUUGAUCUUUCACUUCCAAGAAUAAAGCUACCAGAGGGAAAGAUUAAUGUAGAAGGCCCUGAUAUAAAUGUUGGGAAGGUUGGAAUGCCUUCCAUUGAUAUAUCGCUACCAGAAGGGAAGGCCAAAGGAGAAAUUGACAUUGAUAGACCAUCCGGACAAGUGGGAAAUAUUGAUGUGCCAAAGUUGGACAUUUCCUUACCAAAGGUAACACUGCCCAAGGUGGAUAUCGGUAACGAGGGUCCAGAGAUCAAAGAAAAAAAAAUUAAUAUGCCAGAUAUAGAUAUCUCACGACCAAAAGGAAAAGUUCAAGGUGGUGUCGACUUUGAAGGUGCGACUAAUAAGGGAGGAAGGUUUCAAAUGCCCAAGGUUGAUCUUUCACUACCAAAAGUGAAGUUACCAGAGGGUAAGAUUAAUGUGGAAGGUCCUGAUAUCAAUGUAGGUAAACUUGACAUACCAUCCAUUGACAUUUCAUUACCAAAAGGGAAUGCUAAAGGAGAAAUCGACAUCGAUGCACAUUCUGGGGAAGGAGGAAAGUUUGACCUGCCAAAGCUUGACAUUUUCUCACCAAAAAUAAAACCGCCUGAACUUGAUGUCAGUGUUUCUGGUCCAGAAAUAAAGGGUGGAAAGUUUCACAUGCCGGAUAUUGGCAUCUCUCCGUCAAAAGGAAACAUCAAAGGGGAUGUUCACCUUGAAGGUGAAGCUGGUAAAUGGGGAAAGUUUCAAAUGCCAAAGGUUGAUCUUUCACUUCCAAGAAUAAAGCUACCAGAGGGAAAGAUUAAUGUAGAAGGCUCUGAUAUAAAUGUUGGGAAGGUUGGCAUGCCUAGAAUUGAUAUAUCAUUACCAGAAGGGACGGGCAAAGGAGAAAUUGACAUUAAUAGACCACCCAGUAAAGUGGAAAAUAUUGAUGUGCCAAAGUUGGACAUUUCCUUACCAAAGGUAACACCACCCAAGUUGGAUAUCGGUAUCAAGGGGCCAGAGAUUAAAGGCAAAAAAAAUCAUAUGCCAGAUAUUGAUAUCUCACUACCAAAAGGAAAAGUUCAAGGUGGUGCUAAUUUUGAAGGUGCAGCCAAUAAAGCAGGAAGGUUUCAAAUGCCCAAGGUUGAUCUUUCACUACCAAAAGUGAAGUCACCAGAAGGUAAGAUUAAAGUGGAAGCUCCUAAUAUCAAUGUAGAUAAACCUGACAUGCCAUCCAUUGACAUUUCAUUACCAAGGGAGAAAGUUGACAUGCCAUCCAUUGACAUUUCAUUACCAAAAGAAAAUGCUAAAGGAGAAAUUGACAUUGAUGCACAUUCUGGAAGGGGAGGAAAGUUUGACUUGCCAAAGUUUGACUUGCCAAAGCUUGACAUUUUCUUACCAAAAGUAAAACCACUAGAGCUUGAUGUCAGUGUUUCUGGUCCAGAGAUCAAGGGUGGAAACCUUCACAGGCCAGAUAUUGACAUCUCUCUGCCAGAAGGAAAUAUCAAAGGCAAUGCUCAGCUUGAAAGUGAGGCUGGUACAAGGGGAAAGUUUCGAAUGCCAAAGGUAGAUCUUUCACUACCAAGAAUAAAGCUACCAGAAGGCACGAUUAAUGUAGAAGGCCCUGAUAUAAAUGUUGGGAAGGUUGGUAUGCCUUCAAUUAAUAUAUCAUUACCAGAAGGGAAGGCCAAAGGAGAAAUCGGCAUUGAUGGACCAUCCGGAAAAGGGGGAAAUAUUGAUGUGCCAAAGUUGGACAUUUCCUUACCAAAGGUAACAUCACCUAAGGUUGAUAUUGGUAUUGAGGGUCGAGAGAUCAAAGGCAAAAAAAUUCAUAUGCCAGAUAUUGAUAUCUCACUUCCAAAAGGAAAAGUUCAGGGUGGUGUCGAUCUUGAAAGUGCAGCCAGUAAAGGAGGAAGGUUUCAAAUGCCCAAGGUUGAUCUUUCACUACCAAAAGUGGUGUUACCAGAGGGUAAGAUUAAAGUAGAAGGUCCUGAUAUCAAUGUAGAUAAACCUGACAUGCCAUCCAUUGACAUUUCAUUACCAAAAGGGAAAGUUGACUUGCCAUCCAUUGACAUUUCAUUACCAAAAGAAAAUGCUAAAGGAGAAAUUGACAUUGAUGCACAUUCUGGAAGGGGAGGAAAGUUUGACUUGCCAAAGUUUGACUUGCCAAAGCUUGACAUUUUCUUACCAAAAGUAAAACCACCUAAGGUGGAUGUCAGUGUUUCUAGUCCAGAGAUUAGGGGUGGAAACCUUCACAGGCCAGAUAUUGAUAUCUCUCUGCCAAAAGGAAACAUUAAGGGGGGUGUUCAGCUUGAAGGUGAGGCAGGUACAAGGGGAAAGUUUCAAAUGCCAAAGGUUGAUCUUUCACUUCCAAGAAUAAAGCUACCAGAGGGAAAGAUUAAUGUAGAAGGCCCUGAUAUAAAUGUUGGGAAGGUUGGAAUGCCUUCCAUUGAUAUAUCGCUACCAGAAGGGAAGGCUAAAGGAGAAAUUGACAUUGAUAGACCAUCCGGACAAGUGGGAAAUAUUGAUGUGCCAAAGUUGGACAUUUCCUUACCAAAGGUAACACUGCCCAAGGUGGAUAUCGGUAUCGAGGGUCCAGAGAUCAAAGGAAAAAAAAUUCAUAUGCCAGAUAUAGAUAUCUCACGACCAAAAGGAAAAGUUCAAGGUGGUGUCGAUUUUGAAGGUGCGACUAAUAAGGGAGGAAGGUUUCAAAUGCCCAAGGUUGAUCUUUCACUACCAAAAGUGAAGUUACCAGAGGGUAAGAUUAACGUGGAAGGUCCUGAUAUCAAUGUAGGUAAACUUGACAUGCCAUCCAUUGACAUUUCAUUACCAAAAGGGAAUGCUAAAGGAGAAAUCGACAUCGAUGCACAUUCUGGGGAAGGAGGAAAGUUUGACCUGCCAAAGCUUGACAUUUCCUUACCAAAAAUAAAACCGCCUGAACUUGAUGUCAGUGUUUCUGGUCCAGAAAUAAAGGGUGGAAAGUUUCACAUGCCGGAUAUUGGCAUCUCUCCGUCAAAAGGAAACAUCAAAGGGGAUGUUCACCUUGAAGGUGAAGCUGGUAAAUGGGGAAAGUUUCAAAUGCCAAAGGUUGAUCUUUCACUUCCAAGAAUAAAGCUACCAGAGGGAAAGAUUAAUGUAGAAGGCUCUGAUAUAAAUGCUGGGAAGGUUGGCAUGCCUAGCAUUGAUAUAUCAUUAACAAAAGGGAUGGGCAAAGGAGAAAUCGGCAUUGAUGGACCAUCCGGAAAAGUAGGGAAUAUUGAUGUGCCAAAGUUGGACAUUUCCUUACCAAAGGUAACACCACCUAAGGUUGAUAUUGGUAUUGAGGGUCCAGAGAUCAAAGGCAAAAAAAUUCAUAUGCCUGAUAUUGAUAUCUCACUGCCAAAAGGAAAAGUUCAGGGUGGUGUCCAUCUUGAAAGUGCGGCCAGUAAAGAAGGAAGGUUUCAAAUGCCUAAGGUUGAUUUUUCACUACCAAAAGUGAUGUUACCAGAGGGUAAGAUUAAAGUGGAUGGUCCUGAUAUCAAUGUAGAUAAACCUGACAUGCCAUCCAUUGACAUUUCAUUACUAAAAGGGAAAGUCGACAUGCCAUCCAUUGACAUUUCAUUACCAAAAGGAAAUGCUAAAGGAGAAAUUGACAUUGAUUCACAUUCUGGAAAGGGAGGAAAGUUUGACUUGCCAAAGCUUGACGUUUCCUUACCAAAAGUAAAGCCACCAGACGUGGAUGUCAGUGUUUCUGGUCCAGAGAUUAUGGGAGGAAACCUUCACAGGCCAGAUAUUGACAUCUCUCUGCCAGAAGGAAACAUCAAGGGGGGUGCUCAGCUUGAAAGUAAGGCUGGUACAAGGGGAAAGUUUCGAAUGCCAAAGGUUGAUCUUUCACUACCAAAAGUGAAGUUACCAGAAGGUAAGAUUAAAGUAGAAGGUCCUGAUAUCAAUGUAGAUAAACCUGACAUGCCAUCCACUGACAUUUCAUUACCAAAAGGGAAAGUUGGCAUGCCAUCCAUUGACAUUUCAUUACCAAAAGGAAAUGCUAAAGGAGAAAUUGACAUUGAUGCACAUUCUGGAAGGGGAGGAAAGUUUGACUUGCCAAAGCUUGACAUUUCCUUACCAAAAGUAAAACCACCAGAGGUGAAUGUCAGUGUUUCUGGUCCAGAGAUCAAGGGUGGAAACCUUCACAGGCCAGAUAUUGACAUCUCUCUGCCAAAAGGAAACAUCAAGGGUGCUCAGCUUGAAGGUGAGGCAGGUACAAGGGGAAAGUUUCGAAUGCCAAAGGUUGAUCUUUUACUACCAAAAAUAAAGCUACCAGAUGGAAAGAUUAAUGUAGAAGACCCUGAUAUAAAUGUUGGGAAGGUUGGCAUGCCUUCCAGCAAUAUAUUAUUACCAGAAGGGAAGGCCAAAGGAGAAAUCGGUGUUGAUCGACCAUCCGUAAAAGGGGGAAAUAUUAAUGUGCCAAAGUUGGAUAUUUCCUUAUCAAAGGUGACACCACCUAAGGUUGAUAUUGGUAUUGAGGGUCCAGAGAUCAAAGGCAAAAAAAUUUAUAUCCCAGAUAUUGAUAUCUCACUGCCAAAAGGAAAAGUUCAAGGUGGUGUCCAUCUUGAAAGUGCAGAUAGUAAAGAAGAAAGGUUUCAAAUGCCAAAGGUUGAUCUUUCACUACCAAAAGUGAUGUUACCAGAAGGUAAGAUUAAAGUGAAAGGUCCUGAUAUCAAUGUAGAUAAACCUGAUAUGCCAUCCACUGACAUUUCAUUACCAAAAGGGAAAUUUGAUGUGCCAUCUAUUGACAUUUUAUUACCAAAAGGGAAUGCUAAAGGAGAAAUUGACAUUGAUGCACAUUCUGGAAGAGGAGGAAAGUUUGACUUGCCAAAGCUUGACAUUUCCCCACCAAAAGUAAAACCACCGGAGCUUGCUGUCAGUGUUUCUGAUCCAGAUUUUAAGGGUGGAAACCUUCACAGGCCAGAUAUUGAUAUCUCUUUGCCAAAAGGAAACAUCAAAAUGGAUGCUCAGCUUGAAGGUGAGGCUGGUACAAGGGGAAAGUUUCAAAUGCCAAAAGUUGAUCUUUCACUACCAAAAGUGAAGUUAUUAGAGGGUAAGAUUAAAGCAGAAGGUCCUGAUAUCAAUGUAGAUAAACCUGACAUGCCAUCCAUUGACAUUUCAUUACGAAAAGGGAAAGUUGAUAUGCCAUCCAUUGACAUUUCAUUACCAAAAGGGAAAGUUGGCAUGCCAUCCAUUGACAUUUCAUUACCAAAAGGUAAUGCUAAAGAAGAAAUUGACAUUGAUGCACAUUCUGGAAGAGGGGGAAAGUUUGACUUGCCGAAGCUUGACAUUUCCCUACCAAAAGUAAAACCACUGGAGCUUGAUGUCAGUGUUUCCGGUCCAGGGAUCAAGGGUGGAAACCUUCACAGGCCAGAUAUUGAUAUCUCUCAGCCAAAAGGGAACAUCAAAAUAGAUGCUCAGCUUGAAGGUGAAGCUGGUACAAGGGGAAAGUUUCGAAUGCCAAAGGUUGAUCUUUCACUACCAAAAGUGAAGUUACCAGAGGGUAAGAUUAAAGUAGAAGGUCCUGAUAUCAAUGUAGAUAAACCUGACAUGCCAUCUAUUGACAUUUCAUUGCCAAAAGGGAAAGUUGCCAUGCCAUCCACUGAUAUUUCAUUACCAAAAGGAAAUGUUGACAUGCCAUCCAUUGACAUUUCAUUACCAAAAGGAAAUGCUAAAGGAGAAAUUGACAUUAAUGCACAUUCUGGAAGAGGAGGAAAGUUUGACUUGCCAAAGCUUGACAUUUCCUUGCCAAAAGUAAAACCACUGGAGCUUGAUGUCAGUGUUUCCGGUCCAGAGAUCAAGGGUGGAAACCUUCACAGGCCAGAUAUUGAUAUCUCUCUGCCGAAAGGAAACAUAAAAGGGGAUGCUCAGCUUGAAGGUGAGGCUGGUACAAGGGGAAAGUUUCGAAUGCCGAAGGUUGAUCUUUCACUACCAAAAGUGAAGUUACCAGAGGGUAAGAUUAAAGUAGAAGGUCCUGAUAUCAAUGUAGAUAAACCUGACAUGCCAUCCAUUGACAUUUCAUUACCAAAAGGGAAAGUUGGCAUGCCAUCCAUUGACAUUUCAUUACCAAAAGGGAAUGCUAAAGGAGAAAUUGACAUUGAUGCACAUUCUGGAAGAGGAGGAAAGUUUGACUUGCCAAAGCUUGACAUUUCCCUACCAAAAGUAAAACCACCGGAGCUUGAUGUCAGUGUUUCUGGUCCAGAGAUCAAGGGUGGAAACCUUCACAGGCCAGAUAUUGACAUCUCUCUGCCAAAAGGAAACAUCAAAGCGGAUGCUCAGCUUGAAGGUGAGGCAGGUACAAGGGGAAAGUUUCAAAUGCCUAAGGUUGAUCUUUCACUACCAAAACUGAAGUUACCAGAGGGUAAGAUUAAAGCAGAAGGUCCUGAUAUCAAUGUAGAUAAACCUGACAUGCCAUCCAUUGACAUUUCUUUACCAAAAGGGAAAGUUGACAUGCCAUCCAUUGACAUUUCAUUACCAAAAGGGAAAGUUGGCAUGCCAUCCAUUGACAUUUCAUUACCAAAAGGUAAUGCUAAAGGAGAAAUUGACAUUGAUGCACAUUCUGGAAGAGGGGGAAAGUUUGACUUGCCAAAGCUUGACAUUUCCCUACCAAAAGUAAAACCACUGGAGCUUGAUGUCAGUGUUUCCGGUCCAGAGAUCAAGGGUGGAAACCUUCACAGGCCAGAUAUUGAUAUCUCUCAGCCAAAAGGAAACAUCAAAAUAGAUGCUCAGCUUGAAGGUGAGGCUGGUACAAGGGGAAAGUUUCGAAUGCCAAAGGUUGAUCUUUCACUACCAAAAGUGAAGUUACCAGAGGGUAAGAUUAAAGUAGAAGGUCCUGAUAUCAAUGUAGAUAAACCUGACAUGCCAUCUAUUGACAUUUCUUUACCAAAAGGGAAAGUUGACAUGCCAUCCAUUGACAUUUCAUUACCAAAAGGAAAUGUUGACAUGCCAUCCAUUGACAUUUCAUUACCAAAAGGAAAUGCUAAAGGAGAAAUUGACAUUAAUGCACAUUCUGGAAGAGGAGGAAAGUUUGACUUGCCAAAGCUUGACAUUUCCUUGCCAAAAGUAAAACCACUGGAGCUUGAUGUCAGUGUUUCUGGUCCAGAGAUCAAGGGUGGAAACCUUCACAGGCCAGAUAUUGACAUCUCUCUGCCGAAAGAAAACAUCAAAGGGGAUGCUCAGCUUGAAGGUGAGGCUGGUACAAGGGGAAAGUUUCGAAUGCCAAAAGUUGAUCUUUCACUACCAAAAGUGAAGUUACCAGAGGGUAAGAUUAAAGUAGAAUGUCCUGAUAUCAAUGUAGAUAAACCUGACAUGCCGUCCAUUGACAUUUCAUUACCAAAAGGGAAAGUUGGCAUGCCAUCCAUUGACAUUUCAUUACCAAAAGGGAAUGCUAAAGGAGAAAUUAACAUUGAUGCACAUUCUGGAAGAGGAGGAAAGUUUGACUUGCCAAAGCUUGACAUUUCCCUACCAAAAGUAAAACCACCGGAGCUUGAUGUCAGUGUUUCUGGUCCAGAGAUCAAGGGUGGAAACCUUCACAGGCCAGAUAUUGACAUCUCUCUGCCAAAAGGAAACAUCAAAGCGGAUGCUCAGCUUGAAGGUGAGGCAGGUACAAGGGGAAAGUUUCAAAUGCCUAAGGUUGAUCUUUCACUACCACGAAUAAAGCUUCCAGAAGGAAAGAUUAAUGUAGAAGGCCCUGAUAUAAAUGUUGGGAAGGUUGGCAUGCCUUGCAUUGAUAUAUCAUUACCAGAAGGAAAGGCCAAAGGAAAAAUCGGCAUUGAUGGACCACCCGAAAAAGGGGGGAAUAUUGAUGUGCCAAAAUUGGACAUUUCCUUACCAAAGGUAACACAACCUAAUGUUGAUAUUGGUAUUGAGGGUCCAGAGAUCAAAGGCAAAAAAUUUAAUAUGCCACAUAUUGAUAUCUCUCUGCCAAAAGGAAAAGUUCAAGGUGGUGUCGAUCUUGAAAGUGCGGCCAGUAAAGAAGGAAGGUUUCAAAUGCCCAAAGUUGAUCUUUCACUACCAAAAGUGAAGUUACCAGAGGGUAAGAUCAAAGUAGAAGGUCCUGACAUCAAUGUAGAUAAACCUGACAUGCCAUCCAUUGACAUUUCAUUACCAAAAGGGAAAGUUGACAUGCCAUCCAUUGACAUUUUAUUACCAAAAGGGAAAGUUGACAUGCCAAAGCUUGACAUUUCAUUACCUAAAGGGAAUGCUAAAGGAGAAAAAGUAAAACCACCGGAGCUUGAUGUCAGUGUUUCUGGUCCAGAGAUCAAGAGUGAAAUCCAUCACAGGCCAGAUAUUGACAUCUCUCUGCCAAAAGGAAACAUCAAAGGGGAUGCUCAUCUUGAAGGUGAGGCUGGUACAAGGGGAAAGUUUCAAAUGCCAAAGGUUGAUUUUUCACUACCAAAAGUGAAGUUACCAGAAGGAAAGAUUAAUGUAGAAGGACCUGAUAUAAAUGUUGGAAGGGUUGGCAUGCCUUCCAUUGAUUUAUCAUUACCAGAAGGGAAGGCCAAAGGAGAAAUCAACAUUAAUACAACAUCUGGAAAAGCAGGAAUUAUUGAUGUGCCAAAGUUAGACAUUUCCUUACCAAAGGUAACACCACCCAAGGUGAAUAUUGGUGUUGAGGGCCCAGAGAUCAAAGGCAGAAAAUUUCAUAUGCCAGAUAUUGAUAUAUCACUACCAAAAGGAAAAGUUCAAGGUGGUGUAGAUUUUGAAGGUGCAGCCAAUAAAGCAGGAAGGUUUCAAAUGCCCAAGGGUGAUCUUUCACUACCAAAAGUUAAGUUGCCUGUGGGAAAGAUUAAUGUAGAAGGUCCUGAUAUCAAUUUAGGUAAACCUGACAUGCCAUCUCUUGACAUUGCACAACCAAAAGGGAAAGUUGACAUGCCAUCCAUUGACAUUUCAUUUUCAAAAGGGAAUGCUAAAGGGGAAAUUGACAUUGAUGCACAUUCUAGAAGAGAAGGAAAAUUUGACAUUUCUUUACCAAAAGUAAAAUCCCCUGACACUGACAUGAGUAUUGAUGAUACCAAAACCAAGCAUGGAAAGUUUCAUAUGCCAGAUAUUGAAUUCUGUUUGCCAAAAGGAAAAGUCAAAGGAGCUUUUGAUCUUGAGGGUGAGCCCAAGAAACAAGGCAUGUUUCAAAUACCCAUGGCUGAUCUUUCUUUACCAAGAAUUAAGUUACCUGAGAGUAAGCUUCAUGUUGAGGCUCCUGAUAUAAGUGUACGUGAAGUUGAUAUGCCAAGCACUGAUGUUUCUUUACUUAAAGGGAAGGCUAAAGGUGAAAUUGACAUUGAUGGGCAUACUGGAAAAGCAGGAACACUUAACAUUUCCUUACCAAAUGUAAAAACAUUUAAGCCUGAUGUCAGAUUUGAGGCUCCAGAGAACAAAGGUGGCAUGUUUCACAUGCCCGAUAUUGAGAGUUCAUUAACCAAAGGAACAUUUAAAGAGAGUGUCAAUCUUAAAGGUGAGGCCAAUAAAGGGAUAAAGUGUCCAAAGCCUAGGUUAGAUCUUUCUCUCCCACAGAUUAAGCUACCAGAGAGUAGCAUUAAUGUGGGCAGACCAGAUAUCAAAAUGGGCAAUAUUAGUAUACCUUCUAUUGACAUAUCCUUGCCCAAAGGGAAGGUUAAAGGAGAAACUGACAUUGAAACAAAGGCGGGACAGAUAGAUUUUGAUGUCAUUAAAACCAGUGCUGAAGGCCCCGAGAUCAAAAGUGGACAGUUUUACAUGCCAGACCUCUCCUUGCCAAAAGAAAAGGUCAAAGAAGGUGUUGAUCUUGAAGUUGAGUCUGAUGAAGGUGGAAAGUUCCAUAUGCCCAAGGUUGAUUUUUCUAUACCAAAACUAAAAUUGCCAAAGUUUUCACCAAGGUUUGAGGCAACAAAAGGUGGAAAAAUAACCAUUGAUCAUGCUUUUGAUCCAACAUGUCCAAAAGGAAAAACCGAAGUCAAUUUUGAAGGAGAUAUUGCAACAUGGGAAAAGCUAGCUAUGCCUGAUGUUGAACUUUCAUUACCAAAAAUUCAUGGACAAGACAUAGAUGAUAUAAAUUUGCCUGAUGUAGGUGUUUGUGGAAGCACAAGCGGAAACUUAAAGUUGCCAACUGUAAAGCUACCAAGUGUUGACAUAUCAGCACCUAAGGUUGACUUUGACUUUGGCAUUCCCAAAGAAAAAGACACUGAUAGAGAAGAUAUCAAACUUCUCAAAGCUGAAGGAAGCAGGCCAUCAUCUGGGGCAAGUUUUGACAUCCCUGACGUGAAUUUUAAAAUGCCAAAAAUGUCAUUACCUAAAUUUGGGGGGAAAUUUAAAAGUGAAGACAAACAAGUUGAAGGACUUAGUUUAUCUACUCAUCUGGAUAUGGGAAAAAAUAUGCCAUCUGAGGUUAUAAAUGAUGAUGGCAAAAUAAAAGGCACAAUAAAUAAGCUAAACCUUGAAGGAGACGUGAAUGCCUUACUUGAUAUGGCGGCAGAGGGCAAGAAGCAUUUUAAGGCUCCAACAUUAGAUACAAAGGCAAAGGUCAGAAUGCCUUCAGUUGAGAUAUCACUUCCAACCUCAUACACACCAGAGAAAGAGGCACUGCUGCCAAAAUCUGAGAUCGAUGUAUCUGAGGCAGAUAUUAAGGCUUAUGAGGGUAGUUUAAAAAUCCCUAAGAUGCCAACUAUUGAUAUCUCAGUUCCAAAAGUAGAUUUAAAUGUUGCCGAACCAAAAGUAAAACAAGAUGCAUUAACUGAAUAUAUUAGUAAUGUGAAUGCUGGUCAGCAUUUAUCCAUAAAACUCUCUGAUAGCAAACUAUCUGAACAAACAAGCUUUGAAUCUAAUGUAAAGAGAAAAUUUGUAUAUGUGGAAUGUACCUCUGCAAAUGUUGAUUCCAAUAAUGGGCUUUCACUGCCCGAUAUUGAAAUAAAAACACCAGAAAUAGACUUUGAGACUGUUCAAGAUGAUACCACAAACUUAAAGACAGAACCCACAAUUAAAACUCCAAAAUUUGGUGUGGCACUACCUUCUUUAACUUUAUCUGAAGCCAAAGUUAACAAUAAAUCACUCCAAGCAUCUUCUGUGACCACAAAUCCUGAAAUGCAGUAUGAGGGCCCACCUAUCCCUAAAGUAACAAAAGCAGUUUUUGUUUUAGCAAAUUCACAAACAGAAACCUAUGUUAAUGUAACUAGUAAAACAAAUGUAGAGACUAUAGAUAAGAAAAUAAAAGUGCCAAAAAUCAUAAAGAAGGCAAGUUUUGAAAAGUCACAUUCUAAAGGUUCGAAAACAGUAUCUGAGGUAGAAGAGGAAAAUGAUAAAAAGUUGGAAACAGGAGCGGUUAGCUUGCCCAAACUUGAGCUUUCUUCACUUCAUGUAAAAAAUGAGGCAGAAGAGGAAAUACUAGAAAUGGGCACAGAACCUGAAAAUAAGGGUAGAACAGACAUUAACAAAGGCACAAAAGCUAAAUCAGGAAAAAUAUCUUUUCCAGGUUUUAAAAAGAAAUCUGUAAAUGUUGAUGAGGGAAUUGAAAAGGGAUGUUUAGUGUCCUCAAAAGCCAGACUGGAAAUGUUAACAGAAAUGCAAGGAUCUGAGUCUUCAGUAACAGGUAUUUCAAUUGGCUCUGACUCAGAAGAUGGCCAGAAAGAGAGUGGAUCCAAAGAAGAUGUUGAAAGUAAACAGGACAUAAAAGAAAAAGGGGAAACAACAUGGUUCAAAAUCCCCAAAUUCACUCUAAGCCCUCAUUCCACUGGCAUUCUGCAGAUCACACCGGAGGGAUCUCCAAAACAAAGCAAGCCAACUUUGGAGUACUCUAGUGAAAGCAUGCCUGGAGGUUUCUACAGAAGAAUGCCAAAUACUGAAUUCUCCACUCAGGAUGUUUCUUCAAAACACACAGUCACCACAACAAAGGAAGAGACUUUUACUGUGGUAACUAAGUCUACUACAUAUUCAGCAAAAGAAUCAGCAAGUAGCAGCUCAACUCAACACUGGAAUCAAUAAAAUAGAGGAGUAAAUCUAAGUGUAGUAGAAUAUUGUUUAUAUAUAGGUGUUGCAAUUCAGAGAUAUGAAUAGUGAAUUCAUUUACAUAAAUACAAUAAUUAUUUAAUGUAACAGUUUGAAUUUCAUAUACUUCCACUGUGCAAUGAAUUUAAUUUUAUGUAGAUAAUGACUCUUUCUUUAAGUAGAUAAUUAUUACUCCUUAGAAAUGCAUUAGGUUUUAUGAUCACAUAUACAAGCUGAAUGGAAUUUGAGGUAGGCUUUUAAGGAGUAUUAUGUUUUUUUUUUAUUAUUAUU